AUGGCGGAUCCACGGAGGUCUCCCGAUAAGUCACUUCUCAAGACAAGAGGUGCUCAACCACAGCAGAGAUCACCAGCUCCAGCAGCCCCAAUGCGAGGGCAGAGCUUUGUCGACGACGAUUCCGACGACGAUGACGAGUCAAGCGAUCAGAUGCCCUUGCCAAGGAGUCAUACACCAGGCCAUCUCGCCAGCAAAAGCAUACAAGCGAAUCGCCGGAAACCCUCGGAUCUUUCCAUCCGACAACGCUCCCAAUCCGCAUCACAAACCGCCUCACAGGGAACCUCCACGACCUCGAAAACAGCGACCUACAAACCACCGCCUGCUUUAUCAAACAACGCCGGGGAUGCGUCGAGCGAAGGAGACAGACGUACGCGGCGGCCUACCGCUUCACGGUCGACAUCCGCCAUAACCAGUCGGACAACCGCACAAGCAGCCGCACGAUACGGAUCGCAUAGAUCCCGCACAUUCCAUGAGGAAUACACGCCAUACCCCUUACUUCCGGACCCAAAAACAUCUCCCAAAGUCGACGUGGCUCCCGCAUCGGGUAUGUACUGGUCCAGGGCACCCGUGUCAGGCGCUUCUCACACCUCGUUGCGAGCACAUACAACAACUAUCAUUGGUUCAAACGUAUAUGUAUUUGGCGGCUGCGACUCAAGAACGUGCUUCAACGAUCUCUAUGUGCUGGAUGCGGAUUCCUUUCAUUGGACUAUACCUUAUGUCGUUGGCGAUAUACCUGUUCCUCUGAGGGCCAUGACGUGCACUGCUGUUGGCAAGAAGCUUAUCGUGUUUGGUGGGGGCGACGGUCCGGAGUACUACAACGAUGUUUAUGUUUUGGAUACAACAAACUUCCGGUGGACAAAGCCGAAGAUUAUAGGAGAUAAGAUGCCCUCAAAGCGAAGAGCGCAUACUGCUUGUCUGUACAAGAACGGUCUAUACGUUUUUGGUGGCGGUGAUGGCGUCCGGGCCUUGAAUGAUAUCUGGCGAUUGGACGUUGCCGAUGUCAACAAGAUGUCGUGGCGGUUGGUCUCAAGUUCCGACAAGGCGAGUCCUGGGACCAAAGAUUACCGACCCAAAGCAAGGGGCUACCACACUGCCAAUAUGGUGGGCAGCAAACUCAUCAUUUUUGGUGGUUCAGAUGGCGGUGAAUGCUUUGACGACGUAUGGGUAUACGAUGUUGACGCACAAGUGUGGAAAGCUGUGGCCAUACCCGUUGCUUUUCGUCGCCUGUCACAUACGGCCACAAUAGUCGGCUCAUAUCUCUUCGUUAUCGGCGGACACGACGGAAGCGAGUAUUCCAACGACGUCUUACUCCUGAACCUGGUUACGAUGACAUGGGACAGGCGCAAGGUCUAUGGAAAAGCGCCUUCGGGCCGUGGCUAUCACGGGACGGUGCUGUAUGACAGCCGGCUCAUCAUUAUUGGAGGGUUUGAUGGAAGCGAGGUGUUUGGCGAUGUUAUGCUGCUAGAGCUGGCUGUUCAUGCGUAUUACUCGCAGAUUAGUCACUUCACCAUCGAAGUGUAA